GCUCAGCCUCUAAUAACGAAAAAACAGUUUUGGCUUUUUAAAAAAGGAUCAGAAAAGGAGUUUCAUUGUUGGCUCCACAGUUCUUCCCAUUGUAACUUGUCUUUGUUUUAAGCAGAUUCUUUCAUUCAACACCAUGGGAGGCUGUGCGAGCAAACCUAAGGAGUCUGAUAUCCUUGAAACCCCUGCCGUAACAGAAAACGUCGCCGUGGAGUCCAAGAAUGUGGAAUCCGAAGCCGUUACUCAGGAGAAGGCAGACGAAGUUGUUGCAGAGAAGGAAGAGCCUGCUGUAGAUGGAGCAGAGACACAGAAGGAAGCUGAACCAGCCAAACCAGCUGAGGCUGAGGCUGAGGCAGCUCCAGAGGCUGUGAAGACUGAAGCAACCGUCGAAGCUGUUGAUGAGACUGAGCCACCAAAACAAGAGGAGGUUGCACCAGCCAAUGACACCAAAACCAACGAAGAGCCUCUUGUAACCCUUUAAUUCUCAAAUAUCAUUUCGUUGUAAUCAAAACUCUUAUUAUAUUUGUAUGUUUCUCACCGCUGUUGUUGUAAUGCUAUUGUUGUCACACAUGCACCUUAUGAAAUGACCAACUUCUUGUGAUUUGUAAUCUCCUCACAAUAUCAAUAUCUAUCCCAUUGUGAUUAAAUCU